AUGAAAAACCUCAAUGUAAGUCAUAUUGCAAGACAUAGAGGCUUGCCAGAUUAUCCCGCGAAAGAGCCAGUUGAGAUCAUCGCCGACUACCUAUCUCUUGUGCACAAGCAUGUUAUGGAACGAGACAUGCUUCCAAUGGCGGGCGAAGCGUUGUUUGCAAGAUCCCCGAUUGAUUUGGUAGUGACAUGUCCAACCAUAUGGUCCUACUCAGCCAAAAACCUGACUCUGAAGGCCGUCCAGAAUGCUGGAUUCAAUCCGAGUAAUUUUAGACUCCUAAAUGAAAUCAUAGUUGUCUCAGAGCCUGUUGCCGCAGCUUUAUACGCUCUGAAGUCGAUUCAAGAGGAUGAAGAUGAACCAAUUGUGAAGGUCGGGGAUUGCUUCGUUACUGCAGAUUGCGGAGGUGGUACAGUUGACGUCGCCGCAUUUCAGGUGACUCAAAUCAACCCAGCGAUCUCGCUACAAGAGAUCGGGAUUGGCAUAGGCAAGAAGUGUGACUCGACGUUCAUUGAUUCGAAGCUCAAGAAGAACAUUUUGGACAGAAUCGGCCCUUCUAGUCGGGAAAACUUACACAAAGAACUCCCCGAAGGUGCAAUUGGUGGACAUCAGGCUCUUGGAUUUGUCGCGAUGGUGGGUGGCUUCGGAUGUUCAGACCACCUGUUCCACGAGGUCAAUCGCUUUACAAGUGUCCGAAGGGUGCCAACAAAACGGCCCACUAGCAAGGAACGCUGCUGGGCUGCAGUGGCGCGUGGAGCCGUUAUGUAUGGUCUCCAAAGGCGAACGGACAAAACUGUCUACAUGCGACCAGCUGCGCACAGUGAUGGCGUAAAAAAGCAGCAACCAUUCUCGGCCUUCAAGCCUUCUGGGGACGCAAUCUGCCAAGGUCCAUUUGAUGGGCAGGAAAAAGCAGAAAACCAGAUGACAUGGCUUGUGAUGAAGGGUGACUUGAUUCUCUCGGAUACCUCUACCUAUGCUAGCCUUGAUAUCUGUCGCAAGUUCAGAGCCCAAGAUAGCAAGAGUUUCUGCACCCAUCUUUUGACGAACGAUGACGAUCGUGGCCCCGCAGGAUAUCUGCAAAAUGAAAUGAGGACUGUCGGUAGCUUAAACUACAAUUUCGGUGGAAUCCCGGAUUCUGCCUUUCAGCGAUUGAGAAUGCCUGGUAGCCGCGUGCGAUUUUACAAGGCAGAUCUCCAGCUUCACAUUCAAAUCACUGACAAUACCCAAGUUAAGGAGGUCAAGUUUUGGGUCACAUUCAACGAUCAGGAACUGUCAUCCAUUGCAAUGAACUAUCCUUAA